AUGUCUUGUUUUCAUCAUACGACAGUAGACUACUGUACCAGCUCAACCCAACAGACAAUGAAGGAGAGGGAGGCUGCGCCUGUCGAAAUGUAUCGUGCUCCGUUUCCAUACGUUACAAUCUACUUGCUAUGGUGACCUUGUUAUGAGUAUUUUGGCAAUAACUGUUACUGACGCAGCGAGAUGGUGCAGCAGUAAUGAAAACAUAUUUAUCCUGUUGUAGCCUCCCAGGACCGUUAUGCGAUGCGUCGCUGAUUUUUUUUUCUGUGUACAGGCUAUCAUCUUUCGUUCUUGAUACAACGUUAUCGCCUGCAAAUUAUGUUGAAUUGAUCUCAAUUAUUGGACGAAUAUCCGAAAUGGUUUUGGAACAUUCCUGGAAAUCAAUCAUGUUUGGAUCGAAGGACUUGUUUAUAGAUCUCAUGAAUUUCAUAUCGUAAUUCUUUGGGACUCCGUUCGACAUUAUCUAAAAUAGCACGGGUGCAGGACAGGUGUGUAAUCAUGGAACCUACAGGCUCCACCUUGGACAUGCAGAUGGAGAGUGUUGAGAGGAGUACAGUGUUUCUCAGACAGGAACAUCUCACCCUACUGCAUGGCCUACACCUGGAGAUCCUGUCCUUGCAGAAACGAUGUAGCGAGUUGACAUGUGAGCUGAAUGUGAAGCCUCCAGGCAAGAGUGAACUGGACCUGGCGGAGGAGGAGGAGCAGCUGGAGGCCCGCUGUCUGGAGGUCGAAGAUCGCCGGGCCGAGCAGCAGUGCACACUGGGAGAGCUGUGUAAGGAGCUGACUCACAAGGGGGCGCUGGUUGGUGUGCUGCGGGCUAACCUCAAGGACAAGGAGCGCCGCUUCCUGGAUGAGCUGAAGCGCCGCAGCCAACGCUCCACGGUGCUCAACACAGAGCUGCAGAGGCAGACCGAGGCGGCAGCCUACCUCUCGUUCCAGCUGCACGCUGCCCGACAGAAACUGCAACACCAGCGGCUGCAGCAGAGGCAGCAGGCCCUCAGGGAAAACUGGGAGAAUAGGGAUCGUCAUCAUGGGAAUCCCCCUGGGCCCCAGUAUAGCCAAGCAGCCGAGUGGGACACCGCCAUCUUUUCUCCCUUUUCUCCUCAGUCGCCCACCGGUUUCUCCAAUGCCUCCAACACCAGCUCUGCCAUAGCCUCCCCUGUGGUCAAGCCUAAACGCAGGGGCAGCAGGACCAUGUCAGGGCACCAGCUCCGGGCGGAGAGGGCCAGGGAGUGUGUCCCCAGGGAGAGGGUGACGUGCCCUGCAGAGCCCACCGCUAUGCCUGACCCAGCGCUGUUCCUCCACCCUCACCGCAGGCACCACAGGUCCAGGGUCAGGCAUUCCUACUCCCUGACCCACAGACAGAAUCCUCUGGUGGGGGAAAGAGAGGAGGAGGAGGGGGGUGGAGAGGGGCCCAAUGAGCCCCAGGACGAGGCUCCUCCCAGACUGGCAGCCACGGCCACAGCGUCACCUGCUGGCUGCUCAAACCAAGGCUGAAUAACUAGCCCCACUGUGACCAUCCCUAGAAAUGCAUCAUCACUAUUAUCAUAAUCAUUGUCAUGAUCAUCAUCAUCGCUAUCCUCAUAAUCACUAUGACUAUCUGAUUUUAUUAAUACUGUAAAUCGCCCAUUGUCCUGCACCAUUAUCGAAUUGAUACUGAGAUUAAUUUAGCAUUGUUGAUUAUAAUCCUAUUAACUCUAAUGACUGGUAUUUAGAUGUAUUGCUAUGAUGAACACUUUUUAUAAUUAUACAUUUUGACAUGACCUGAAUUAACCCAAACUUCCAGGUGUACGAACAUCCAAUGAGGUUGUUGUUACUAAUCACUUCACGUCAAUGUGUAGAAUCAUGUAGUUGAAUGCAUUUACACUGGCAACGCUCUAUAUAACAUUAUUAUGGGGCCUUAUCCGAGUGUGACAUCCUGUGUGGAGGUUAGUUUAACCUAUGGCCUGUUGCCAUAGACCACAGCACAUACUGUGCAAUUACCUUACCCUGCUGUGUCGUUUUAGGGCCAACCAUAAAUCAACCCUGGGUUGCCCUUGUAGAAAACAUUUUCUGACCUCUGUUACGCUGAGUCACAGUUGGGUAGCGUCUGAGCAUCUGUGUAUGUCCUUGCUGUGAAUACUAUUGAAUUUCAGAUCUGCAUCGGUGGCCUUCACUUGAAAAGUUCCCACAUGGCCAAGAGGUGUAGUCAUACCGUCAUAUUCCACUGAAUCUUUCUUUAUUCCAUUGGUCAUACAAUAGGUAGACAGCACACCUACAGCACACCCUAUAUGUUAUACAAUAAUUGAAAGUAACAUUAGUCCACUGGCCUCACACACAGAUCUUAGUAGGUUUCAAUUAUAUUGUGUCUCUGAGCUUUAAAAAAACAAAAAAUAUUACCAAACACUGAUGAAGCUAUUGGAUGAGUUAAACUGGAGUUCCUGGCAUCCUGCAUAAAUAGGUGGAGGAAUAGGUAACCUUCUAAUCUUGCAGAUGCUUUGCAUAAACAUGACACUUUUGGGUAAAAAUGCAUUGGGACCAGUUUGGCCAGAUGCUUCUCUCAGGUUUAGUGAGCUGUGUGUAAUACUGUACACAGAGAAUAGUAUUUCUCUGUGUUUAUUUACAUCUGUGGUUUGCGGCGGGGUUUCACCUUAGGGAUAAAAGACACAUAGGAAUGUUGUUUAUAGAUGGUAUGUGUAACGAUCCUCUUCCUGUAAAUGACUGGACCAAAGCGCAGCGUGGUACGUGUUCAUGAUAUUUUAUUCAAUCAGAACACUUGAACAAAACUAACAAAGAAGAAAACAAACAGUUCUGUAAGGAAACUAAACUAUACAGAAAACAACUACCCACAAAAAACCCUGUGGGAAAAAGCUA